AUGAGUCAUAUCCGAAGACAGUCCGACACCUCCUUGUCCCCCGCCACAUCCUCCUCGUCUCACCUGCGCCCUGAGAAGCGGCCCGGCGAAGACGACCCUCAUGCUCACGAUGCGACCGCCAAGGGAGCCAAGAGAGCCCAGGUCUCCCGCGCCUGUCAACGCUGUCGGAACCUGCGCCGCGCGUGCAGCGACUACCGCCCGUGCAAGCGCUGCUCCGACCAUGGCCUCGCCGACCAAUGCCUCGGCAUGCCGGGUCCCGUCCAGAUCACCUGGGCCCAAGGACACAUCGCCGGCGCCGCCGCGGCGACGAGCCCCCAGGCCUACGUCCUGCCGCCGGCGCAGGAUUCGGUCCAGCGGCUGGCCCACCUGCUGCCGGUGACCGUCGUCAACUACUGCGCGCGGCGCUUCUUCGCCCGCUUGUACCCCACCAUCCCCAUCGUGACGGCCGAGUACAUUGGUCGCCUCAAGGCCGCGGCCGCCAGCUCGACGCCGUCCGAGGUCGCCAUGGAGGCCCAGCUCGUCCUCGCCGCCAUGAGCGCGCUGAUCCUGCUCCAGGUCGAGGAGCCCGAGAGCCUGUUCAAUGAGGGCCUCAUCGCGGAGAAGAACUCGGCCUACGGCGAGCGCCUCUUUGACGAGGCCAUCCUGGCGCACCGCCACUUCGCCCGCAAGUCGAAUCCUUCGCUCGCGCUCUGCCUCCUGACCUUUCUCCUCUACGCCUGCCACGCGGCGCUGCUCCACCACAGCCAGGCCUUCCUCUUCCUGCGCGAGGCCAACACGCUGUGGCUGCUGCUGCGGCCGCGCGACGACGACGCCGAGGUCCGCGCCCUCGCCGACCGCCUCUUCUGGGUGCUCCUCAUCUCGGAACGCUCGCACGCCGUGCGCUACCGCCGGCCCGUGACGCUGCAGAUCACGCCCGAGACGCCGAGCGCGGGCCCCGACGACGACGACCCGUCCCUCGUCGGCUUCUGGUGCCUCGCCGCCCUCUUCCGGCCCCUCGACACGUCCUUCGUCGCGCUCCUCAACAAGGAGCAGGGGGCGGCCCCGCCGUCGCCCGCGGCGCUCCACCACGUCGAGCUCGCCGUCAACGCCGCCCUCCGGCCGACGCUGCGCCUGCAGGACACGCAAAAGGCCAACCUCCGCGUCACCCAGCUCUGGCUGCGCAUCAUCCUCUGGCAGCUGCGCCUGCGCUUCGGCUACCUCUCCGAGGACGGCCUCCAGGCCGGCCCCAGCUUCACCUUUCACUACCCGCUCGAGGUCGCCAAGGACCUGACCCUCUCGACGCGCGACCUGCCGCUCGACAGCAUCAAGGUCCACGGCGUCGGCCUCACCGAGAAGCUGUUCGACAUUGCCUCGUCCGUCGUCGACGUCCUCGCCCGCAUCCCCCUCACGCCCUCGAGCCCCAACGGCAUCGGCAUCGGCGCCGAGGACGACCUGAACUACAUCCGCCGCCUCAUCACCCAGCUGCCCGGCGGGCCCGCCAUCUACGACGCCCUGCUCGACAAGCACAUCCAGCAGGCCGUGCCCGACAUGGAGCUGGGCGAGGUCCAGAACCUGUCGGAGUGA